GUCUCCUGUGUUCCUGAAGGAAAAGCAUUUGUUUAAGGAACCGAGUUGAAGAAUUUCUCGGCACCGUGAGGAGUUGGGGGGAGGAGGAGGAGAGAGGAACGGGAAUUCCAAUCUUCCCUGAACAGCUCCAGCCAUUCUGAGCUCUCUAACUUCUGGACAUGCUGGUAUUUUAAGAAUGCGACAAAGAUGGCGUUAGCCAGCAAGGUACAGCGAAGUGGACAGCUGGAGGUUUUGGUCAGGGACAGCUGGCAUCGUGUGCUGGCCACCCUGAGCCAGGAGAAUCUGACCCUGAGCUCUGACCAGCCUGGGCACACCGCCUCCUGGAAUGGACUCUCCAACGGAGCGGGUUCACAGAGCCCCGGAGCCGCCUCUCGCAGCCCCAGGCUGACGGCGGUCCGCAAUGCCUUCACCGAACUACCUGAGCACAUCCCCGAAACUAUCAGCAACAUGAAACGGAGCGUUAGGGUCAUCAAGCAAGAGGUUGGGGGCCUAGGCAUCAGCAUUAAGGGAGGCAAGGAAAACAAGAUGCCAAUUUUGAUCUCGAAGAUCUUCAAAGGUUUGGCAGCUGACAAGACCGAGGCUCUGUAUGUGGGAGAUGCUAUCUUGUCAGUGAAUGCAGUGGACCUGAGGGAUGCAACACAUGAUGAGGCAGUGCAAGUGCUGAAGAGAGCUGGCAAAGAGGUGCUUCUAGAGGUGAAGUAUAUGAGAGAAGCUACACCUUACAUCAGGAAGACCUCUCCAGUUUCAGAACUUGGAUGGGAAACCCUCCCUCCAGAGUCUCCCAGGCUCAGAUCCGCGGCCACGGAAUCUCAUUCAACCCCUUCAUUCUCGUUACCCAGCAACUCCAAAGAUUCGAAGAGCAUUCCGCUGAAGAUGUGUUACGUCACACGAAGUUUGAGUGUGCCAGACCCUGAAAACAGACAAUUUGAACUGCAUUCUCCUGACUGCAAGUACACGGUGGCUCUGAGGUGUAAGGAUUCCAGCACAGCCCAAGCCUGGUUCAACACCAUUCAAUCGAAUACCAAUAAUCUGACCAGCAAGGUCAUAGCAGAGGUCAAAGAUCAACUGGGAAGAACGGGGAUAGCUGGGAAUCGAGAGAUUCGUCACAUAGGCUGGCUCGCGGAAAAGACAAUGGGAGAGAACGAAAAGAGACAAUGGAAGCCUGUUCUGGUAGUGCUGACCGAAAAGGACAUGGUGAUUUAUCCCAGCAUGCCUCGCAUGAAGGAAUCCUGGUCCAGUCCUGCUCACACUUACCCAUUGCUUGCUACCAGAUUGGUUCAUUCUGGUGUGGGGAGAGAUUCACCACAACCAGGUGGGGAGCUGUCUUUUGCCACUCGCACUGGAACACGCCAAGGCAUCGAGACUCACCUCUUCCGUGUCGAGACCAACUCCAGUUUGUCCAACUGGACCAGGCAAAUUGUACAGGGCUGCCACAAUGCAGCCGAACUAACUAGAGAAGUCACAACCACAUGUACAUACAGGACCCAGGAGUGCCUUCUGACCAUUCAUUUUACAAACGGAUUUUCUAUCUUGAAAGACGGACAAGAAGGAAGUAUGCCAAAGCUGAUUUGGCAAUAUCCCUUCGAGAAAUUAAGAAACUCCUCAGAUGAUGGAGUGAGAAUGCUCUUUCUAGACUUUGGCGGAAGAGAUGGGGAAAUUCAGUUGGAUCUUCACUCGUGCCCGAAACCUAUCGUUUUUGUCAUUCAUUCGUUCCUUUCAGCAAAGAUUGCGCGACUUGGCUUGCUAGCCUGAAAUGGAAACACUUGCAGAGUGAAGGAACUCUCCUUGGAAAGAUCUUACACAACUGCUACAAGUCAGCCUGAGGGGGUGGUGGGAGAGUCUCUGUAAAGGCGGCGGGAGUAUUUAAUCUUUAAUAAAAUCAGACAAAUAGUUUAUUUAAUGGAAUAGAGAAAGUUGCAACAAUCUGAAGCAAAUGUAAAAGGCAUCUCGUUGCUUUUAUAACAAGAAACUUUGUACAAAUUUAGAUUUUCAUAGUAUCAUUGAAAACAAUCAUUGGCAGUAGAAAAAUAUUAGUAUCUUUUCCACAAAAUCAAAGAUCUUUUUUUAAAAAAAGGAUUGCAGCUAUAUUGUUAAUUCUGUUUUGGCCAUUGUAUAACUGA